UCCACUAUUGUGGAGCUCACAGGCCAUCAGUCAGGAGGAGAAGACGCGUUUGAAGUGAGGAUGAAAGGCUCCAGUUUCAGGUUCUGCUUGAACAAAAGCUCAAGGAAAAAAAAAAGAAAAGGUGUUUCUAAUGAGCUGAGAGCCACAGUUCUGUCUGCAGGCUGCAUCCUAAACCCACCAUCAAUUUACUUACAACUUGUCUGUCUGCUCCCCUUCCUCCCCGUGCCACCAGAAAUAGAAUCUGCCCCAGACGCAUUACCAUCCCCACAACAUAAUUCAAUGCAGGUAAAGCCUACAGCACAGCAGUGUAAUCAUGGCUUCAUAUUUCCCUCCAUCUUCCCAGGCUUUUUUUUUUUUUUUUUUUACCCGGGAAUCAAUAACGCAGCAGAAGCUCGCAUUUCCCCGAUUUUCAAACGAUGAAAAGUGAGGAACGAGGACAGAUACCGCCGAGGACAAGUUAUUUUUGUGCACCCGCCGUCUUGGCUCCUGCGUCUCUGUCCGUGGAGUGAGAAAACACGAGCCGUCAGCGUGCGCACGAGCGCGCCUCCUGUCCUGACCGUCCUGGGGACGCAGAGGGAGGCGCAGCCGGGGGGGUGCUCUGGCCAAAAGUCAGGCGGGAAGUCUCGGAUUUUUUCAUUCUUUUUGGAACCCAGAACCUGAAAUAAACCGACUUUUAUCCUGUUCUGCGUUUCCUGACAUCAGCGCGAGCCUUAAAGUCGCCUGUCAAACUUACUGCAGCUCAAGCCGAUGUCUUUAUUAUUAUUAUAUUAUCAUUAUUAUUUAAAUUGCUCUACUUAAAACGUCUCUCUGUGCGUAACCACAGCGGAUCCAGGGAUGCUUGACUGAGAAAAGAAAGAAGAAGAAAGAAGAACUGUGGAUUGGACUCCUGGGUCUGGAUGUUUGGAGGCUCUCAGUAACCUCUUUUUUUAAUUUGUUUGUUUUAAUGAAAGCCCGUUCUGUCCUCAGUUUGUGGAGGUGCGCGGUGUUUUAGUCCAGAGCGCACUUGUCUGACUCAACGAUGCGCUCCGCUGGGAAAUACUGCGUGUUUUUGUUUUUGCUCCUGAUUAAAAGUCUCCUGUCGGACCCGGGAACCUCCAACCAAGUGGUUCUGCUGGACACGACAACGGUACUGGGAGAGCUGGACUGGAAGACGUAUCCGGUCAACGGGUGGGACGCCAUCACAGAGAUGGAUGAACAGAACCGGCCCAUCCACACCUUCCAGGUCUGCCACGUCAUGGAGCCGAACCAGAACAACUGGCUGAGGUCCGGCUGGAUCCAGAGACAAGCUGCACAGCGGGUGUAUGUGGAGCUGCGUUUCACCCUGAGAGACUGUAACUCCAUUCCAUGGGUCCCCGGCACCUGCAAGGAAACAUUCAACCUGUUUUACCUGCAGACAGACGAGCCGCUGCCUGCAGGAACGCGGUUUCGGCCAACAGACUACGCAAAGGUGGACACCAUAGCAGCGGAUGAAAGCUUCACACAGACGGAUCUCGGAGAUCGAGUCCUUCGCCUCAACACGGAGGUCAGGGAGGUGGGACCGGUGACGCAGAAAGGCUUCUACUUGGCUUUUCAAGACGUGGGAGCGUGUAUCGCGCUUGUGUCUGUCAAGGCGUUCUACAAACGCUGCCCGUCAACUCUGAGGAACCUCGCGGCCUUUCCUGAAACGGUGCCGCACAUGGAUUCGUCCUCACUGGUGGAAGUGAGAGGGGCGUGUCUGGAGAACGCAGAGGAGAGGGACACACCCAAACUGUACUGUGGUGCUGACGGGGACUGGCUGGUGCCACUGGGCCGAUGCAUCUGUAGCAUCGGUCACGAGGAGACGGACGGCCACUGCAGAGCUUGUAGACCGGGUUUCUUCAAGGGAACUGCUGGAAACUUCAAAUGCACGAAGUGUCCUCUGCACAGCUCCAGCCAUGACCAGGCCGCCACCAUUUGUCACUGCGAUAAAGGCUUCUAUAGGGCCAACAAAGACCCCCCCACGAUGGCAUGCACAAGACCUCCAUCGGCUCCCAGAAACCUGGUUUCCCUGCUCAACGACACGGCCCUGUUCUUGCACUGGACGCCUCCCAGCAACACAGGAGGCCGAAGCGACGUCACCUACAACAUCCUGUGCCAAAGAUGCGACGGAGGCGACGGCGGAGCGGCACAGUGCGAGCCGUGUGAGCCGGACCUGCGCUUCAUCCCUCGGCCGCUCGGUAUAACCGGGACCUCCGUGGCUGUACUGGACUUCGCGAUGCACGCCAACUACACGUUCCACGUGGAGGCCGUGAACGGCGUCUCUGAGCUGGGUGUGGCUGCACGCUCGCUGGCAAAUGUCACCGUCACCACGCAUCAGUCUGGUCCUGRAUUUUUGGGGAUAGUGAAGAAAGACUGGGUCACUUACAGCAGCAUCGCCCUCUCCUGGUCAGAAGUGGAACCGCCGCCUUCAGAGYUCCUGGAUUAUGAAGUCAAAUAUUAUGAGAAGGAGCAGGAGCAGCUGAGCUACUCGUCAACACGGACCAGAACCGCCAGCGUGGCAAUAACGGGCCUCAGACCCUCGACCGUUUACGUCUUCCACGUGCGCGCUCGCACCGCAGCCGGCUUCACGGCUUACAGCCACAACUUCGAGUGUGCCACAGCAGCUGAGGAUCCAGAUGUGGCAGAUCAGGGUCAGGUGCUGGUGGUUGUCACAGCGUCUGUAGGAGGCUUCUCCCUCUUGGUCAUCCUUACCCUUUUCCUCCUCAUCACUGGACGGUGUCAGGGUUACAUUAAAGCCAGGAUGAAGUCAGAGGAGAAGAGGACUCGCUUCCACAGCGGUCACGUCCCGUUCUCCGGGAUAAAGACCUACGUGGACCCAGACACGUAUGAAGACCCCACUCAGGCUGUGGAGGAAUUUGCUAAAGAGAUCGACCCGUCAUACAUCUGCAUCGACAGGGUGAUCGGUGCAGGUGAAUUUGGAGAAGUCUGCGGCGGUCGCUUACGUAUUCCUGGAAGGAAGGACAUCGCUGUGGCGAUAAAGACUCUUAAAGGUGGCUACAUGGACCAGCAGAGGCGUGAGUUCUUGCGUGAGGCCUCGAUCAUCGGACAGUUCAACAACUCAAACAUCAUCAGAUUGGAAGGAGUGGUCACUAAGAGCAGGCCAGUGAUGAUCGUAGUGGAGUACAUGGAAAAUGGAGCGCUCGACUCGUUCCUCCGGACCCGCGACGGUCAGUUCACGGUGCUGCAGCUGGUCGGCAUGCUGCGCGGCAUCGUGGUGGGCAUGUCGUACCUUUCAGAUAUGGGUUACGUUCACCGAGACCUGGCUGCUCGUAACAUUUUAGUGGAUGAGAACUUGGUGUGUAAGGUGUCUGAUUUUGGCAUGUCCCGAAUUCUGGAGGACGAUUCUGAUUCGGCUUACACCGCUACCGGAGGAAAGAUACCAAUACGCUGGACAGCACCAGAGGCUAUCGCUUACGGAAAGUUUUCCUCAGUGAGCGACGUGUGGAGCUACGGCAUCGUCAUGUGGGAAGUGAUGUCGUAUGGCGAAAGGCCCUACUGGGAAAUGUCCAAUCAGGAUGUUAUUUUAUCGAUUGAAGAAGGUUAUCGGCUACCAGCUCCAGUUGGCUGUCCGGUGAUCCUGCACCAGCUGAUGCUGCACUGCUGGCAGAAGGAGGCCGGCCAACGGCCACACUUCAACGACAUUCUGUCUUUUCUCGACAAACUCAUCAUUAAUCCCAGCAGUAUGCUGACACUUGUCAAUGAUGCUAUGAGCUUCCCUGACUCCCCUGAGGACAUGCCGGACUAUCCCCUCUUCAUCUCCAUUGGAGACUGGCUUGACUCCAUCAAAAUGAGCCAGUAUAAGAGCAACUUCCUGGCAGGAGGAUACACAACGCUGGAUUCCAUUUCAACCAUGAGCAUAGACGACAUCAAACGCAUCGGAGUGUGUUUGAUUGGCCACCAGAGGCGAAUCAUAAGCAGCAUACAGUCCCUUCGGCUGCAGCUCCAUCACAUCCAGCAGAGCGGCUUUCAAGUGUGAGACCUGUUCGCACAGAGUCAGACUGUUUACACUGAGCUGGAGCUCCUCAGCAUCAUCGUCCAACCAACUGCACAAACACCAGACUGUUGGGUGUUGCCGGAAUAACAUGCUGCUCACAUCAGAGCGAUCCUACAYCUAGACUUCACGCAGUCUGGUCAACAUGCACUUAUCAUCUUAUUGUAUCAUCCGAUGGACAGCCUCCACAACAACCAACCUCRGUCAGCAUCGGCCAGAACGCCGUCUUUUUAUUAACUCAGCAAAUAUUAGCAAUUCACUUGAAUUAGGAGUCUMUCUCUCUAGUGUCGAUUCAAGUGUUCACCAGUACCUCUUCUCUUUCCAAAUGACAAUCCAACGGUUUCUAUUGACUCUGACAGGUUUUAAGUCUGUUACCUCAUAACCAGGGAAGAUGGUGGUGUGGUUAAAUUAUGUGGUGAUGCAUGAGUAAUCAUGCAGUUUUAAUAUUUCAUGCUGAUUUGUCGAACGAUUUGCCAAAAAUUAGGAAUAAAAAUGAACAAUCUAAGUGUGUUUUUUUGAUCUGAAGACCAGUGAAUGUCAAUUUUCUUUUGUUUUUUAGAGCAAAAUGUAUGUUGUCUUCUCAUAAUAAUGCAGUAUGUACUGUACGAAAAACGUCUUGUGGAAGUUGUAUGUUUUAUUCAAUGAGUUUGUUCCUUAAUAAACAACUAUAUUUUAA